GUCGCGCUGCCCGAGCGGCAGUGGUCGCGGGGCGACGGCGGUGCGCGGCAGGGACCCCGGCGCUUCCUAGGGGGGCGGGGUCAUGGCGCUGGUGGGGCGCCCGGGGGGCGCGGGCUGGACCUGGCGGCCGGUGGCCCGGGACGCGCUCCUGGCGCGGGCCUUCCAUUCCUGCACUGAGCUGCGGGGACGCUUCUACCUGGUGGGGGGCCUCCCGGCCGGAGGGGCGACGGCGCCGAGCGACGACACGGUGGUCUUCGACCCGGCGGGGGGCCAGGCCGUGCGGCUGGGGGCCCGGGGCGGCCCGCGGCGCAGCCACCACGACGCGGCGCCGGUGGCCGGGCGCUGGCUCUGCGUGGUGGGCGGCUGGGACGGCUCGCGCCGCGUGGCCACGGUGGCCGCGCUGGACACGGAGCGCGGAGCGUGGGAGGCGUGGAGCGCGGCCCCGGGCAGCCGCCCCCCCGCCGGCCUCAGCAGCCACACCUGCACCCGCGUCUCCGACCGCGAGCUGCGGGUGGCGGGCCGGGAGGGCGGGACCCGCACCCAGCGUCGCUUCGGCAGCGUCUACACGCUCCGGCUGGACCCGGGCGCCCGCACCUACAGCUACAAGGAAGAGGCCUGCCACACAGCCUCCCGCUCAGGUCACUGCGCCGCCCUGCUCCAAACUCGGGGGCCCCGCCCGGGCCACCAGCUCGUGCUGUUUGGGGGCUGCGGCUCGGCAGACCCAGAAGUAGCCGGGCACUGGGAUCACGGGGAGCUGAAGGAGGAGCCGCCCGCCGCCCCGCAUCUGACGGCACGGCUUGCCAGGCUCGUGGGCACUGGGCAGGGGUCCCAGCAGGGGCCGCGGGGCCUGCGGCACCACUCCUGCUCCGUGGUGGGGCCCUUUGCCGUGCUGUUUGGCGGAGAAACUCUGACCAGAGCCCGGGACGCCGUCUGCAACGACCUGUACAUCUAUGACACCCGCGGGUCUCCGCCUUUGUGGUUCCGCUUCGCCUGCGCGGACCCAGGGCUGAAGCGCGUGGGCCACCGCACCUGCCUCUGGAACGACCAGCUUUACCUGGUUGGGGGUUUUGGCGAGGACGGCAGGACGCCCAGCCCGCAGGUUUGCAUCCUGGACCUUUUUGCCUAAAGAAUGGCGCCCAGACACCUGGCGUCCGCUGUUUCGCUGCAGACUCGGGGAGCUCGGCCACCAGAGCGCUCUGCCUCGUUUCACAUGCUUAUUAAAUUCCAAUCUGAGAGUCAA